GAUGCUUAUCUGUGUUUGUUCCUUUAUCCCUGUUACAAAACGUGUUAGUCAACAUUCAAUUUUUAAUACGAUUGCAUUAAUAUUAAGAAAAUGUCAACUUGGCAUGGAAUGAAAAUAUUGAUAAGAAAUGAUUUUAAAGCAAGAUGCAGUAUUUGGACCAGGAGCUUUAUGAAUCACUCCAGCACCAGUAAAAGCAUAUCUGGACAUACUGUGCAAAACUCAUUUAUACCAAUUCAUCAGGUUCGAUCUCUUUCAAACUGUCAAAAAUUAAUGCUUCAGAGAACAAAUUCUUUCAAAUCUGUGGUUAAACGGUGGAAUUCAGAUAAAACAGAUGGAAAUCCUGAGGAAGACAAAAAACCUCCAAAGCGAUCAAAAAGAGAAGUAGGAUCGCCAGUCACAUGGAAAACCCUUGGUCUUACUGCUGCAGUUGGUACAGUAAUGUUACUGUAUUUUAAUCAUGUUAAAAAAAAGCGUGAACUAGAAUUAGCAAGAGAGAGAAAUGCAUCAGUAGGCAAAGCUGCAAUAGGAGGAGAAUGGUCAUUAGUUGACUACAAUGGUGAGCCAAAGACAGAUAAAGACUAUCAAGGAAAAUGGUUGGCUAUUUAUUUUGGUUUCACACAUUGUCCAGAUAUCUGCCCUGAUGAAAUAGAAAAAAUGUGUGAAGUUGUAGAUAUUUUAGGCAAAACAGCUGGUGUCCCAGAACUAGUACCGUUGUUUGUAACAGUUGAUCCAGACAGAGAUAGUAAAGAAGCCGUCAAAAAAUAUUGUAAAGAAUUUUCUCCAAAACUAUUAGGACUUACUGGUACCCAUGAACAAAUACAACAAGUGACCAGAACAUUUAGAGUAUAUUACAGCAAGGGACCAGUUGAUGAAGAUGGAGAUUAUAUUGUUGAUCAUACUAUUGUGAUGUACUUAAUUAGUCCCAAAGGAGAGUUUGUUGAUUAUUAUGGAAAAGAUAAAACUGCACUUCAAGCUUCAAAAAGUAUUGCACAACAUAUGAGACUUCAUAAAAAAUAACUAUUUUUCAUUGUUUUGUAUUUAUAUUAAAAUAUUUAUGAAUAUCA